UUAAUUACAAUAUUAUUUUCAAUUAUAAUUAGGAGCUUAAAAUUUGCAAGUAUGAAUAUAUCAUUUUUCAGUGACGACUGGAAAUGCUGUUUCAAGCCUGACAUUUUUAAAAUUAUUAAAAUAUUUAAAUCUUAAAAUAGACCUGAUAAACGAUCGAUUUCACCCUUUGGAGCCUGUACCUGUAAAAACUAAACCAUACCUUCUAUGAAUUUGCUUAAUAUUUUUUAAAUGCAACCAAAGUUGAAACAUUGUACACCAAGAAAGACGCUGAUCCUCUAGACAUGGAGGGUGAUGUUGAAGACAUGACUAUAAUCAAAGAACUGUAUGGCGGAGUGACUAUUAUAAAUGAUGCCUCCAGGAAGAAACAGGAGCAUGCUUAUAGAGAUAAAGCAUCAGCAAAGAUUAAAAAACUAAACGCUGGAACAAUCACAGACAAUACAAAUGAAAAUAGCUACAUGAAAAAAAUCUUGCAAGUUCCAAGAUAUAUGACCUACAGAGCCCAAAUAAACUUAACGGCGGUAAAACCGACAUUGCAGGAAUGUGGCUACAUAAACGGGAUGUCAAAAGAUACGAGGUAUUUCGCGCAAACACUUCGCAAAUAUCCGCUACCGAAACCCCAGACUAAGUCCAGUGACCUUAUACAGGAGAAAAUCAGACGCUCAGAAAAUAGAUCUGUAUACAGAAAGUCUGCCAGCAAGAAACGCAAUGUACGUAAAACAGCGAGCCAUCAAGCUAUCAAAACAAAUGUUGUAGUCGAAUAUAACGUAAGGGACACACAAAGAUUCAGCAAAGUUGAAGAAAUAUUACCCACUACUACGAUAGAUGAAAACAGUGGCAAUGCAGUUCAUAUUGAAUACAAUUACUUGAAUUCCAAAACCAAGCAAAGUAAUGUUGACGUUAGGUACUGUACUAGCACGAAAAGGGCUUGUACUUGUAGACGAAUGAACAAUGUCGUCUGCACUAGACCAGAGAAUUGUCCAUACGUUCGUCACCGCUUAGAUCAUCACAGACAGUUUUAUCAUAACCAAGAGGAUGGAAAGAAACCAUCUUGUCACUGCAAUGUUUGUCAAGCAAGCCGAGAAGCGCCUUCAACGUCAGGCUUGACGCCUUCAAAAUAUGUAAGAGAAAAUCGUAAAGAACAAGAGGAAGAAGUUCAAGUUUCAUCGAGAAACUACUUGGAAUCAAGUCAUCACGCAAUAGACUUUGAAAAAGAAAUAAGACAAUGGACCGAGACAAAACUACAAAAAGAUAAUGUUGUACCGAUUAAAUUAAUUCAAAAAUUAGCUAAAGCUCUGGGUAAUGUGUCAAAAGAUGAAGGAUUACUGCCCGAAGCUAGACAAGAGGUAGUUAAAUAUUUAACAGCCUUAUCAAUUAUUGAUCCUAUCAUUAAGGAUAAAUUAGGUCUUCUUGCCGACGACUUUCUGAACAAUUUAUCAAAAUCAUUGAAAAGUAGGCGAUCAUUAAUGAAUAUACAAGCAAAUACUCAGAGCAAUGUUGAAAAAAGCCAUAUAAUUCACAAUAAUAAUGGUAAUGAAACUAAAAUGUUCAUAAAACGUUUACUUAAUCAACUUACAAUACAAAAAGAUUAUGAAAAAUUAGAUACUGUGGUAGAAAAGUUUUUAAAAAUUUUACAAGAACAUAACAUAAAUGUUAUUGACAUAAGAGGUAGUCCCAAUCCUGGUCAAUAUGAAGAAAAGAAUUACUACUUAAAUCGAAUAAUUAGCUGGUAUAAAAGUAUACCUGAACUAGAACAAAAACUACAAGUACCAAACUAUGAUAGUAUAAAACACUUUCAAGACCUAGCGAAUAAAUUAUCAGAGUUAAAUAGAAGCACUGAUUUAAAAGAAAAUACUGAAAAAGUCAAAGUAGAAUUAAUCCAAUGGCUUAAAGCUUAUUUAACUCUACACAAUAUAUCCUAUACAGAAAGCUUACAAGAAAACCUUAAUGAUAAACUAAUAACAAAAUUGUUCCAACAACCAACCGAAAAAAAGAUGCACUAUGAAGGAAUUUCAGAGAAGGAUUGGAUCACAAAAGAAAUUUAUUCAUUGCUAAAAGAGAUGAAUCAUGAAAUCCAUCAGAAUAAAGAUGUACCAGAGCUGGUCAAUAGCUUAAUUUUUCGCCUAAGUUAUUUAAAAGAUAAAAAUUGUGGUAACCUAACAUUACAUCAAUGUAAAAAUGAAUUAAAGAGUUGGUUGAAAUACUUGGAAGACAAACAUAUUGUCUAUUUCAAUGAAAAUGAAAAAUUAGAACUCGAAUGUAAGAUAUUAUCACGUAUAAAAGUUUUACUCGAACAUGAAAAACAUGUAAAUUGCUGUCAUCUAAAACGAUUAAGAUUACUUACGAAAAUUAUUUUUGAAGAAAUAAAUAGAUCUGUUACGAAUAAUAGCAUUUGUAUUUCCCAAGAGAAGUUGUUAAAUCUUAUAAGCGAUAUUAUUUCACUGGUUUUCGAAACACAAGUCAGUGAAAACCCCUCAUCAAAGAGUAUAAUUGACAAAUUUUGUACUAUACUACUUUCCAUUCUAAAUUUACCCGCUGACGAUGUAAAAGAUUUAGUACAAUCUAUUCUCGAUAAAAUUGUUGAAAAAAAUCUUUCUGAAAAUAUAAAAGAAAUCAAUAAGCUCAAAAGCGAUGGAUUUCAACCAAAACAUCCAUCAAAAAAAGUGUACAAGUCACAAUUCGUCACAUCUACUCCAAUACCAUCAGAAGAAGGGUUUUUAUCAAAUUUAAAUGGCGACUCUACAAAUUUUGGCCAAUUAUUAAAUAAAAACCUUUUGCGAAAAAUAAUCCAAGAUUGGUUUGAAGAAAAUAAACUAAAGCUAAACGAAUUGGAAAUGCAAAAUAUUAUAAAGGUCAUCACAAGUGACAUAAUUUAUAGGUAUAACUAUGCUAAGGCAUUUUCUAAAUCAAGAUCUGAUUUAGAAGAAUCAGAAAAUUUAAAGUAUUUUAUAUUUAAAUUUUUGGAAGACUACGUAGAAAAGCAGGAAAUAAAUAGUAAUAUUAUGAUAUCAAAUGAAAGUGACUUGUACGAUACAGUUAAUAAAAUUCAUACACCACAUGAAAUCUCUGAAGAAAAGUCGAAGUCGAAAGUUGAUAAUGAUCAAAAUGAAGUGUCAUUAGAAGUCCUAAAAAGUAAAUUAGUAAAUGCUUUUAUAAACUUAAAUUCUUACUUACUAGAUGAAAGAUUUAAAAAUGAAUAUAAAGGAAAAUUAAAAGAAGAGAUUAAUAAGUUUUGUAGCCAAUACUUUAAGCGCUUUCCUUCGAUGCCAAUUGACUCAAAACAAUUACAUUCGAAUAUAUACAAUGCUUUAGACAAUGUACCAAAACCACUUCAAACGAAAUCAGAAAUCGAUAUUGUUACCGAGAUCAAGAAAUGGCUUGACGAGCUUUGCAAAGAAAGUAAUAUACCAAAUAAUGACAAUGAAAACAUAGCAUUAGAAUUAGCUAAUCCAAUAGUACAAAAGAAGAAAGCACAGUCAAUAAUGUAUGAUGAUGAGAAUGAGUUAAGUAAAAUGAUAUCUCAGUGGGUGCAAAAUUACUCAAAGAAACAAAAAACAUUGUUGGACGGUGAAUAUUGGACGGGGAAAUUAGAAGAAAAAUUAAAAGCAUUAGAAAAUUUUAAAGCUAACUUAUCUAAAGCUACAAGCGCACAUAAUAUGUAUACUAUUCCGGAAGCAGAAUCUUUUGGAGCCCAAGUCGAUGAGAGUGUAAUGCAAUCUAAUAACAGUAGUAAAAUAUUAGCUAAAGAUUUGUUAUCACCUGAAGAUAGAGAAUUACUGACAGUAAUAAGAGAUAGAUCUUCACCUGACAAUAUAGUAAAGUCACAAAUCGAUUUAAGGAGUGACAAUCCUGAACAGGAAUUACUUCGGAAUGUUCGUCCAAGCAAACCCGAUCACGAAUUAGUUCCAGAUGCCUACCCAAACAAACUCGAAGAAGACUUAGUUUUACAUAUUCGCCCAAACAAACCUGACCAGGAGUUGGUUCUAGAUGUUCGCUCACAUAAAUCUGAUCAGGAGCUAGUUCCAGAUGUUCGCCCAAACAAACCUGAACAGGAAUUGCUCCCAAAUGUUCAUGUGCGUGAAUAUCACUGGGAAUCUAAUGAGCAGACACAAACUUCUAAAACUUUUGUGAAUGAGCCACUAGGUGGUUUGGAGGAAAUGGCUCCAGUGAGACUUCAACCGCAAGGCUUAGAUCACGAGGCGCAAACGACUUUUGCGGACUUUAAAAAUAAUAAUACGAAAGAUGUAACAAAUGAACGGAUAACUCCAGAGAAAUUGAAGAAGACAAAACGUAAGACAUGUAAAUUAAGGAAACGUCCGUCAGCAAGAUGUAUAGAAUCGCCUAAAGUUGUUUGUCCAAAUAGAUAUACUUUGAAAUCAAAAGGUUUUGAUAAAGAUGUAAUGUGCAGCUGUAGCGAUUGUGUGAUAAAUAAGCGAAGAAUUAAGUAUUUUUGUAAGAAAUCUGAGAACAUGGAAUUAGAAAAUUGUCCAGAAUGUUUCGGUGGCUAUUGUCCUUUUCCCAGUUGUGCGUAUUUUGAUUGA